CGACGAUGGAGUCGCCGCCGCCGCCGCCGACGCUACCCGAAGAAGUCAUCCUCGAGAUCCUCUCCUGCCUCCCGGCCAAGUCCGUCGCCCGCCUCCGCACCCUCUCCCGCUCGUGGCGCGCCGCCCUCUCGUCGCCGUUCUUUCUAGAGCUCCAUCUCCGGCGAGCCAACAAGGCGGCCCCCAGGCUUUUCUGCGGCAGUGCUGACUUCAAGGCUCCCGUCGACAUCGACGACGACGACGACGACAAGUGGUGCUUCUUUGCUUUCCAGCCCGGCGCCGGCGGCCGCGGCGGUACGGUCAAGAAUCUGCUCCGCUCACGAAGCCUCUCCGUGGCCUCAUCCUGGUCCGGUGCUUCGACAAUGGCGGCUACUACGUCUGCAACCCCUGCACCGGCGCGGUGCUGGCCCUCCCCGACAGCACGCGGCCGAUGAAGAAGACGUUCCGGCGGUCUAUGGCGCAGCCUCCGCCGCCUUUCUACCUCUACGUGUCGUACGGCCUCGGCUACUGUGCGGCGACCAGAAGGUACAAGGUCUUCCGCCUGUUCACCGGCGGUGGCGACGGCGACGGCAAGGACGAGACGUGCUGCGAGGUGUUCGUCCUCGACGCGCUGGCGUACUGGCGGCCGACCGCCGGAAAACCUCCUCAGGGAUGUACCGUCGGGGAGAAUAACCCCGCCGUGUUCUUGGACGGUUCGCUGCACUUCCUCUGCCGUGACGGCAGCGCCGUCGUGACGAUGAACGUCGGCGAUGAGACCUUCGGUUCGUUGCCGGCUCCAGCGCCGGCGGCGGGUGGCGAGAUUCUGCGGACGAUCACGGAGCUGGACGGGCGAUUGUGCGUUUGCCAACGAGCCAGUGAGAGCGGCGAUGGGCCGUAUCAUCUAUGGCUGUACGGUGGUGAAGAGACGGCGAGGUGGGAGAAGCUCUGCUGCAUCGAUCCGAGAUCAUGGCCGGAGGAUGACCGGAAUCUGCUCCGCUCGAGGUGGAUUGCGCCGCUGUGCAUGUAUGGCGAGAAAAUCAUGCUGCGGACGGGCAACUGCAGGGUGUUCGCCGUGGACCCCACGGGCGGCGUCGCUGGCUCACCGGAGAUCCUUUUCCGGCCGGACGAGCACGAGGCCACCGGCGGCGAGUUCGUCGACACGCUGUACCCAACACUAGGCUUGUACGAGGAGAGCCUCGUACCUGUGGGCCGGACCAUCGAGGAGAUGGUCUUCUUGUCGCCGGCGACGAGAGCUUGGUCCGACGUCCUCAAGUGGCUGCCGGCGCGGACGGUCGCCGAGCUCUCCGUCGUGUGCAGGGAGUGGCGCGCCGUCGUCACGAGCGACCGCUUCGUCCGCGCGCACGCCGCCCACCCCAAGGUCGCGACGAGCACCCGCGUCAGGUUCGUCAUGGACCCCGCUUUCGGCCUGCCCGUCGACGUCGAUCGCGUCGGCGAGGUCGGGGACGACCCGGACAUCUCCGAGCAGCCGUUCCCCUGCGGCCAGCCGUGCCGCGGCCUCAACGCCGGCAGCUUCCACGACAUCGACUUCGUUUGCAACCCCACGGUGGGCUACCACCAUGCCGUGAUGUCCGACGACCUCCACGACGGCGCCGGCGACGGUAUGUUCUACGGCCGCAUCGCGCUGGGCUACGACGAGAAGGAAGACGACCACGUGCUCGUCCUCCUCGCCUACACGAGCAAGAACCUCGAGACGCGAAGAUACCAGCUGCGGUGCCGGAUGCUGUUCGUCCGACAGCGCCGGUGCUCUCCCCGGCCGUUCCACCCACCACCGCGGCCGGUGGCCUCCGCGACGCCGGCGUACGCCAACGGCAAGAUCUACUGGCUCGUCGACCCCGCGCUCACCACCCCCUCGCCGGAACCCACCUCGCCACCGAGACGACGGCGUGCGAGCUGGUGGCGCUGGACUGCCGCGACGCCACCGCGUGCCAGUACGAGGUGACGCACGGCCCACCGCGCCGGCCCGGGCGGCGCGGCCGCGUGUCCAUCCUCCAGCUCCGCGGCGCGCUCUGCGUGGCGUGCUCGGACCGGGACGCCAACACCAUAGACGUGUGGGCAUUAACGAACCACAAUGGCAACGCCGCCUCCUCUGCCUGGACCAUGGAGCAUCGCCUGGAGCUCGCCGCGCACUCGCCGGAGUACUCGUCGGAGAAGACGACGGUGAUGGGGGUCGAUCCGACGAGCGGCCGGGUCUGGGUCACCACGGGGGAGUCCCUGGGUCACUACGAUCCCAAGACGAGGGAGCUGGUGACGGUAUACCGAGUCCGGUGGAUGGACCGACUGGGGGACGUAGUAAUAGGGACCAAGUUCUGUGCGGUGAUCUGUCAAGAAAGAAUGAUUCGCUAUCCUUUCUGAACUAAGUAUUAUCAACGAGGGCUCGUUGUAAACUUUUAUGAUUUGUUCAAACUACAGUUUGCGAGAGUUUUACUCAUAUUCUUCUUUUUGUAUCUCAAGGUAUCGAUACCUCGUGGUGCAAAAUCAUUUCUGAUCGUUGGAUCCAAUAGUGCGCGUCCUACUUAGCUAGAUCCAAUGGUGAGAAAUGAUUUGGUACCUCGAGAUACCGUUACCUUGGUACAAAAGAAAUGAUGAGAGUAAAACUCUUCAUUUAUGGUUUCCAGAGUGAUAUAAUCAACAAGAUAUUUAAUUAAUUAAUGAA